GGAAUCUACUAAAAACCUCCCCCAUUUCCUACUCUCUUCCUCCCAUCAUUUGCCUAAUUGCCUCUCUCUCCCCCCUCUCUCUCUCUCUCUCCUCCCCCAGCCAUGUCUCUCUCUCUAUCCCGCCGGCGAAUUUUUCCGAGGUUUUUUCAAUCCAUGAACUUCGUCAAACGCUAACAUAAGCCAGUUUGAACAUCCAAAUUUCAUUAACCUUUCGAGUUUUGCUUCUCAUUUUCCCGGGAAAAUCCCCUGAAAAUUCCUUCUUCUUUUUUUUUCAAAAAUUCACCAUUUUGUUAACACCAACCCACCUCAGCAAUUCUUCCUUCCCACCUGUUUUCAAAAUGGGCCAAGCUGAAAAACAAAGAGAGACCAAUAACUCGAGAGAUCUGAUACAAACGCUCAACUUUUCGAAUUUUCCAAGAAAAUUCGAGGAAUCCGUUGUAACAACAGAGGACGACGAGGAAUCAAUAGAGCUCAGUCUCGGGCUCUCGUUGAACGGUCGGUUUGGGGUGGACCCACAAAGGGAAAAGAUUCUGAGCCGUUCAUCGUCCGUUUCGGCUUUUAUUUUUACUAAUGAGAAACAGGGCAAUGAGAACAGAGUGUGUGUGGGGCAGGGUUUGAUGAGGACGUGUUCGCUUCCGGCGGAGGGGGAGGAGGAGUGGAGGAAGAGGAAGGAGGCUCAGACGGCAAGGCGAAUGGAGGCAAAGCGGAAGAGAGUGGAGAAGCUGAGGAAUUUGAAGUCGCAGGGGAGCGUGGAAUCGAGUUUCGGCGAGAGUUUGAAGUCGCAGGGUAAAUUGGAUGGGAUUAUUGUUCCUCCGAUUCCAUCGUCGCAGGGGUCUGUUGGGUCGAUUGGGAGUGGAUCUUCUGGGCUUUGUGAAUCUGGGUGGCAACCAAACCAAGGAAUGAAUGGAUGCACUGAAGCUAGAAGCCCUGCCAGCGUCCACUCUCUUCCCAAGCAGAAUGAGCAGAAACAGGUAGUCACCCCGAUUGUGAAAUCAGCUGAUUUUGUUGGCGCUGCAAUGGAAAGCCCAUCGGUGAAACUAGCAGUUGAUAAUGCUGAAGCGACAGAAAUCAUGAGGAAUAUGUUGGUAGAUAUGCCUUGCGUAUCGACAAAAGGAUUCGGGCCCAAUGGAAAACGAGUAGAAGGUUUUCUAUACCGGUAUAGGAAGGGAGAACAGGUGAGGAUAGUGUGUGUAUGCCAUGGUAGCUUUCUCUCUCCAGCUGAGUUCGUUAAGCAUGCCGGUGGUGGUGAUGUGUCUCACCCUCUGAAGCAUAUAGUUGUUAGCCCUUCUCCCCUCUUGUAAUAGCUGAUGGCCGUGCCAAUUUAGAAACAGGCAUGCACCAAAAAAUAGUACCGAAAACUUAUUUCCUUUCCCAGUUUGGGAAGAAUUUCUCAAUCUUUUAAUGGGAAUGGGCUCUUGUUGAAGCCUCGUUUUGGGAAGGUUAAA